AUGACACCGAGCAGUAGUAAUGGUCUAGGGUUGAAGAAAGGUGCAUGGAGUGAACAUGAAGAUAUGCUUCUCAAGGAUUAUGUUGAGCAAUACGGCGAAGGGAAAUGGCACCUUAUUCCUCUCAGAACCGGGUUAAAUAGAUGUAGAAAGAGUUGUAGGUUACGCUGGUUGAAUUAUUUGAGGCCAAAUAUAAAACGAGGUGAUUUUACUGAAGAUGAAGUUGAUCUCAUGCUUAGGCUCCAUAAGCUUCUGGGCAACAGGUGGUCGUUAAUUGCGGGAAGAAUACCUGGAAGAACUGCUAAUGACGUGAAGAAUUAUUGGAACACUCAUAUUCAGCCUCGUUCCAAACAACAAAAGACAGAACCUGAUGCUGAUAAACUGUUACAAGACGCUCCAGUCACAAAUAUCAAUCCACAACCGCAUACCAUAUCCGAAACCCUAAAUUUGUCCAUGAGUGACAACGCACAAAUUGUCUCCAAUGGUGGUGGUAAUCUUAUAAGAUCGUCGAAUGAAGGUGGCAACAACAACUUUAACGUCUCCUCUGUGUCACCAAAUGUACUACUUGAUGACAAGAUUAAUAAAUAUCUAGACGAUUUAUUUGAUGAUCGUGAAAUGGAAAUUGAAGGAGACAUUGAACGGUCAUUUGGUGAAUCUUCAGCGCAGGCAGAGGCCUUAAAUGCUGUCGAUCAAAAAGAAGACAACAAUGGUUUCUUUGAUUUCUCGCUUGAUGAGAUCAUGUGGAACCCAAUGGAUUCACAGCAACCAUGA